AUGCAAGUUAAAAUUAGGAAACCAUUAAAAAUAUUUGGUAAAACUUUCUGUAUUGUCAGUGUCCUCAACGGAGUUUGUGGAAUUGUAGUUUCUUCUGUGGCAAAGAGUUAUGAAGACUCACUACUGGUGGACGAAAGUCUUAAGAGCUAUAAAGCGUUUAUCCCUAAUUUGUUCUACUUUUUAGCCUCUGUAUUCAUAUUUACUGGAAUACUGGGAAUUAUGGUUUAUUCUAAAAUGAUUAAGCCUUUCAUAAUAGCAUUUUAAAUAAUAAAUUUUGUUCUCUGUAUUAGCUUCUUAGUUAUCUUUAUUUUGUUUCUCAAUAAGUAUAAUUUUAUUCAAGCACAAUUGUAAUACUCUAAUUGCUAAACUGGUAUUUUAAAAGAAGUUAAUACAAUUUUUAACAAGGCGAAAUAAAUUUGGUGUAAAGAUGGUGCGUCAGAAUAUGAAUCAUGCCCUUGUUCAAUCUAUAAUUUUUCUAGCUGGAAUCAGCAAUAAUAAAUUUUACUUUUAAAGAAAUAUGGUUAAAUAAAGCCAAAUGGAAAUAAAAAUUUGUAAAAUUGCUAUAAUAUUUAAAGUGUAAUUCCUAACUUAUCAGAAUAUCUUUAAUUGCUAAAAUCAAUAGAAUCUACUUAUAAUUGCAAUGGAAUUUGUGAUCCAGGUGAUCUUUUAUAUUACUUUACUAAUGUUAAUUAAGUACCACCUUAGCAAAAUUCUUGUUUCGAAUCAAUAAUUGUAAAUAUCUUAGAGUGGAUCCUCAUAAUCCUAACAUAUUCAGCGAUAUCCUUCUCAAUUAAUAUAAUUAAUAUUCUCAUAUACAAUCUAAAUAAAUUCUUCAGACUUAACCUUUACUAAAAUGCCACUGUUCUGUCUGACGCAGAAUUGUAAAACAUAAGAAAUUAGUAACGAAUUGAAAACUUCACUCUUAACAAGCUAGUAUGA